UUACAUAGUACGGUUCCGUCUAAUUCAAACAUUGAGCUAGACGGAAAUCUCGAGAAUUAUUACUGCCUAUACCUUAUUCAACCUUAAUUUUCGACCAACCAUUCCAUUCUUUAUCCAAACUAGCAAUUCCUGCAUUGCGCAGCUUUCUACCUUCUGCGCAGAAUCCGAUUGCAGGCUCCCUAAAAAUGGACGACACGGAACGACGCACCGCGAAACGAUCUCGGUUCGACCAGACCGAACCCGAACCGCGCCGUUCUCGAUUCGAUCGCAGGUCGCGUUCCCCACCAGCGAAGAGAUCUGACCAUGGCCGCGAUGGUCGCGAACGUAGUCCACUGGGUAAGGAUGGAGAAAACAACUCGCAUGAGUCUAAGAAGAGUCCUGUCGACCCGGCAGCUGCUGCAGCUGCCGCCGCCGCUAAGAUCAAUGCACAGAUCCAGGCGAAGAAAGGAAUCCAACACGUAGACGUACCCCCGAUCAAAUCAGCUUCGUCAGCAUCUCCCGGUCCGAAUGCUGAGGGCACGCCGGGCGCCAUCAACACUAAUAAUAUCAAUGGCGAAAUGUACAUUGCCGACGGCGAUUAUAUCAAGGACAUCGAAGUGAACGACCUGCGAAACCGAUACCUGCUCACGAAGAGUUCCACACAGAAGAUGAUUAAAGAAGAAACCGGAGCUGAUGUCACAACCCGAGGCAAUUAUUACCCGGAUAAAAGCAUGGCCACGCCAUCGAACCCCCCUUUAUUCCUUCACAUCACCAGCACCUCCAAGACAGGGCUGGAAGCUGCUGUUACCAAGAUCGAAGAAUUGAUGAAGCAAGAACUCCCAAAUCUGGUUGACGAGCGACGGUUCCGACGGAGAGACCAGGAACAAGUCGAACGUGAUGAGUUUGGAAGGCGUAAAUGGCCAGAGGCGAAAAUCCCGAUUGGUCUCGAAGAGAUUCGAGGUUUUAACCUUAGAGCGCAGAUUGUCGGACACGGCGGUUCUUACGUGAAGCAUAUUCAACAGGAGACCGGAUGUCGUGUCCAAAUCAAAGGACGCGGGUCAGGCUACCUUGAAGCCUCGACUAACCGUGAAAGCGAUGACGACAUGUACCUUCAUGUUGCUGGUCCCGAUCCUAAGAUGGUCGAGAAAGCCAAGGAGCUAUGCGAAGAUCUGAUCACCAAUGUUAAGGAGCAGUACGAAGAAUUCAAGAGCCGACCACCGCGCCAGCACUACGGUGGUCAUGGUAGCCAUAAUGGCAAUGGUGGUGGUUACGGCGGCGAGAGGUCUUAUGGCGAUCGAUCUUACGGCGGUGAUAGAUAUGGAGAUAGACAAGGGAGUGGCUCGGGCUCUUAUGGUGGAUACGCUGGUUACAAUAAUUCGCCCAAUCCUGCUGCAAGCUCGGCUUCCCCUGCGCCUCCCGGUCAAGGCAGCCCACAUAAUGCUAACAGCGACUAUGCUGCCCAGUACGCCCAGUACUACGGCGGCCAAGACCCCUAUGCGGCAUACGGUGGUUACGCAGCAUACGUGCAGUAUUAUCAGCACUACUAUGCUGCUGCGCAAGCCGCUCAGCAAGGCUCACCAACACCGCCAGUUCCUGGUGCUGCCGUCUCCCCUCCACCUCCUCCACCUAGCGAAGCCCCUCCGCCACCGCCUCCUGGAGGAUCUGCACCACCUCCCCCUCCCCCUCCACCUGGAGCUGGAAGCUAUGGCGCUGUCCCCCCUCCCCCCGGGCUAUGAUCAAGACUUAAGUUUGGAGACCUACAGGACGCAUCUUCUGUACCUUAGCAGAAGGGUUCGUGGUAUUGAAGGAGAUAAUGAGAUAUUCAAGAAUGCGGUCAAAAAGGGACAUCAUAACGGGGUUUAAGGCUCUAUCAGAGGUAGCUCGCCCCGUACAGCAGUCUAGAUAGUAUUAUUUGACAUUUAUUCUCUGAACAGUACAUUCUUUGUUUUUGAGCAGGUAUGUACCGAAAUACCUCCGUGUCUCAUCACAUUCAUUAGUGUGAUACGCCCAGACGCCUAUGCUUCAGUGGAGCAUAAGCUUAAUAUAGACGACUUAUCGAUAAGGCCAUUGUACGUCAGUUUAUCUGGACCGCCAAAGAGUCGCAACGCUCCAUUAAUUAACUCUAUUAGCUUGAUUCCAUGACCAUGUAACC